AUGCAUGACUCGGUCCCCGACACCCCCGUAAGGGAUAGGAAGAUUGCGCUUGGCACCCCCGAGGAGGACGGCGACCACGAUACCAUUGCCACGGUGCCCGUCGGAGCGCAUACACUUACUCCGUCGCAACGAUUCACUCAACCCACGCAGCUGGUCGACAUGCCGUACUCAAAGACCCCCGGGUCGGUCGUCCAAGUCACUGCUUCGUCGCCAACCGCCCCGGCCCAUUCACCAAUCCGCCGAUCGACUGGUGGUAUAUUAUCCUCCCUCAUGGCCCCUUCAGGAACACGCUUCCGUUCUCCUGCCAACUCCCUCGGUCCUACGAAAAGAACCACUGUCAUCGAUCUCGAAGACGGUCCAACAUACCGAGGCGGAUCAUCUGACGACGAAGACCACCCUUCUUCUCGCAGUACCGACAUCAAACCCGCCAUGUUCGCAAAGACUUCUCGAAGCCCCGAGAAAGAAAAGGUCGCCGAGUCCCCCGUGCGCCCCGACGGAAACACAAUGGAUCUUUUCAAGGAAAUCACGUCUGCUGCCGUUUAUGAUCCCAAUGCGACUGGUACGAAACGUUCGGCGGACCAGAUGAGCCCACCCCACAAUGUCAAAGGCGUCGCCACCAAGAAGGCGCGCCAGGAUAUGUACACAUCGGUGCAAGACAUUCAAGACUAUCGCCUGCAAAUCAAGGUCAAUCGCAUCCUGAAUGUCCUGCCCCAAAAAUCGGUUCAAGACUGCGUCGAUGCACUUCUCGAGGUUGAUGGCAAUUUCGAUGUGGCACUGGAUCGCCUCGCCCACAGCCACGAUGUCUUGGUGAUUGAAGAGUCGGAAGACGAGCUUAACGCCCCUGUCACUCGAAAGGCCAUCCCAGUACCCAUGGCCAAGCAAAAAAUCAAGGCUCGUGGCACGAUUCAGGACAAGUGGGCGUCCAUGAACCGACCGACUACCCAAAGAGAACACUCCGAGGAAGGAGCGAAACCCCGUGGUCGUCUUAUGCGUGGUCCGAAAAACCGUGCUUCUCCUGGCGAUGCCUCUCCCUGGGCCGCCAUUGAGAUCACCUCCUCUCCCCCAGCACAAAAGAAGGCAGGGCGAUUGCAGAAGGGCCGACGUCGAGAGCCGAGCCGCUCAGAAUCCCCCGAAGCCGCAAUGUCAGACUCGGAGGAUUCCGACGUUCAGGCCCAGGAUUCCGGCCCCAGCGACUUGGAUCGAAAGGUUCUCAAGUUCUUCAACUCCUGCCCGACCCACGACCUUGCCGACAUUGCGGCAAUUCCAGAGGAGACUGCAAACCUCAUCACCUCCAACCGUCCUUUCCGGUCCCUGGAUGAAGUUCGUAUAGUACAAGCACCCGUUGACGAAUCGGCCAAGCCAAAAGGAAAGGGGAAGCCUCGCAAACAACCAAAGCCUAUUGGCGAAAAGAUUGUCGACAAGUGUAUCGAGAUGUGGACUGGUUAUUUGGCCAUUGACGCUCUUGUUGCCGAGUGCGCAUCACUGGGCCAGCCUGUGGCCAACGAGAUGAAGAAAUGGGGCGUGGACAUCUUUGGAAAGCGCGAAGGCGAGCUUGAGCUUACGUCGAUGACCAAUGCGACUAAUGGAAGCUCUCAUGAUUCCGGUAUCGCUACUCCCUCGUCGAAUCUUCAAUCACCUGACAGCGAUGACGAUGCUCCCGUGUUCAUCGCACGAAAACCGAAAGAAGCCAAAUUCAUUGCUCAACCCUCGAUCAUGGCUGAUGACCUCUUGAUGAAAGACUAUCAAAUUGUCGGAAUCAAUUGGUUGUCGUUGCUGUUUGAUAAGGGAUUGAGCUGUAUCCUGGCUGAUGACAUGGGUCUGGGAAAAACCUGCCAGGUCAUCGCGUUUCUUGCUCACCUCUACGAAACUGGCACCAAGGGCCCUCAUCUGGUUGUGGUUCCUGCUUCCACCAUUGAGAAUUGGCUCCGUGAAUUCCAAAAAUUUUGCCCAACUCUCAAUGUCAUCCCCUACUACGCCGGUCAAAACAUGCGUGCCGAGAUCCGCGAACAAAUUCAGGGCAGUCUCGGAGAUGACCCUGACAGUGUAAAUGUGAUCAUCACCACAUACACUAUUGCGAAGGCAAAGGUCGACGCAAAGUUCCUGCGUGAAUUGGAUUUCACAGUUUGCGUUUACGAUGAAGGACAUAUGCUGAAGAACCACCAAUCUCAGCUGUAUGAAAAACUGAUUCGCAUCCCGGCUCAAUUCCGACUUCUCCUCACCGGCACACCUCUCCAAAACAACCUCCAAGAGCUGGCAUCGCUUCUUGGAUUUAUUCUACCCGGAGUGUUCAAAGAACACAAAGACGACCUCAAUGCUGUCUUUUCCAACAAGGCUAAGACUACAGAUGAGUCGCAUGCAACCCUUCUCUCAGCACAACGGAUCGAACGAGCCAAAUCCAUGCUCAAGCCGUUUGUCUUGCGGCGGAAGAAGCAUCAAGUCAUCGAACUGCCGGCCAAGCACGCUCACGUGGAAUACUGCAAAAUGAAGCCCUCCCAGAGGGCCAUUUAUGACCACGAGCAAGAAGGAGUGCGCCAGCUCCUGACCGACCGCGCCAAUGGCGUUAAGACCGGCUCAAAGUCGGCAAAUAUCCUCAUGAAGCUGCGUCAAGCAGCCAUUCAUCCUCUCCUCCGCCGGCGCGUCUACGACGACGCUACCCUCCGCAAAAUGGCCCAGGCCUGUCUCAAGGAAGAGAAAUGGUCAUUGUCCGACCCUGAGAUCAUCUUCCAAGAACUGCAGCCCUACAAUGAUUUCGAGUGCCAUCAGAUGUGCAUCGAAAACCCACGCAGUCUGGGUAAAUUCAAGCUGCAGAAUGAAGAGUGGAUGGAUUCGGGCAAAGUCGAUGAACUUCAAAAACUUCUCACUGAAUUCAUCACCAAGGGAGAUCGAACCCUCAUCUUCUCUCAGUUCACCAUGGUGAUGGACAUCCUGGAGAACGUGCUGGAGACCUUGAAGAUCCAGUUCGUGCGUUUGGACGGCCGCACGAACGUCGAGGAUCGUCAGUCCAUCCUGGACGCGUUCCACGAGAACACCGAGAUCCCCGUGUUCCUUCUGUCGACCAAGGCCGGCGGCGCAGGUAUCAACUUGGCCUGCGCCAACAAGGUGGUCAUUUUUGACUCCUCCUUUAACCCGCAGGAGGAUGUGCAGGCCGAGAACCGCGCACACCGAGUCGGUCAGACCCGAGAAGUCGACGUCUACCGUUUCGUCACGGAGGGCACGAUCGAGGAGCAGAUCUACUCCUUGGGCCAGACCAAGCUGCUCCUCGAUCAGGCUGUGGCGGGCGAUGAGGAUGGCGGCAAGGCAGAGCAGCAGGGGAUGAACAUGGUGGAGAAGAUGGUCCUGGCGGGCAUCAACAAAGAUUCCGAUGAGAAGGAGUGA